AUUCAUGCAGAGCUGCAGAGAGCUUAGAGUGAGUUACACUGUGCACAAGGUCCUAGGAAAUCAGGCAGUGGAAACAUGUCUGGAAAACCCAGGCUGCACUACUUCAAUGGACGGGGCCGAAUGGAACCAAUUCGGUGGCUGCUGGCAGCAGCUGGGGUUGAGUUUGAAGAAACUUAUGUGGAAAAAAAGGAGGAUUUUAAAAAGUUACAGAAGGAUGGAUCCCUGCUCUUUCAGCAACUGCCACUGGUCGAGAUUGAUGGGAUGAAGAUGGUGCAGACCAGAGCCAUCCUGAACUACAUCGCAACGAAGCACAACCUCUAUGGGAAGGACCUGAAGGAGAGAGCCCUAAUCGACAUGUAUGUGGAAGGAAUGUUCGAUCUGAAUGAGUUACUCAUGAAACAUGGCUACCUACCAGCAAAUGAAAAGGAUCAACAUUUUGCUGAUAUGAUGGACAAGGCAGAAAACAGAUACUUCCCAGUCUUUGAGAAGGUUUUGAAAGACCAUGGGAAAGACUUUCUGGUUGGCAACCAGCUCAGCAGAGCAGAUGUUCAGCUACUUGAAAUAAUUUUAAUGGCAGAGGAGUGGAAGCCUGAUGUACUUGCCAAAUUUCCUCUCUUGCAGAGCUUCAAAGCAAGAAUAAGCAAUAUUCCCACAAUAAAGAAAUUCCUACAGCCUGGCAGCCAGAGGAAACACCUAGUACGAGAGGAAGAGGUAUCCAAAGUGAUCAGUAUUUUCUACUGAGCAACCGCAUAAAGUGGCAGAAACUCUAUUUCAUUAUAGUUCCUGACAUGCAAAAUAAUGCAAACACUGAAAACCAAGGUUUUUGAUCCUACCAGCAAAGGAAAUAGUUCACUGAUCAGGGGUAUAUUGGACAACACACGAUGCCUUAAAUAACUAAAGAGAAUACUGGAAAUAAAGUCUCAUAUUGAUACUCAAA